AUUGUCGUUGUAGAUUUGUUGAAGGGCGUUCUACUUACCACCUGAACUCCAACUUCACCACCUGAACUCCAACCUCACCACCAAACACCAAAAUAUUAACAUAAUAUAUGUAAGUAUAAAAUCAUAUCUAUGAAACUUAAAAAAAAACCACACCAUGGCUUCUCUCCUUGGAGGUUCUGCUUCUGCAGAACAUGCAACAGCAGGACUGUGUAAAGGUGUAGCAGACACGGAAGACGAAGACGAUCUUUUCGAGAUCGAUCUUGAUUCGGUCGAUAGCAUUCCUCCACCACAGUACUACUGGGGCAACUAUUUCACUGCAACCGGAAAUGCACUGCUUGCCAAUUGCCUACUGCCGGUAACGGAUAUCUCCCGUGCGGUUCCAAUGGUUUCCGAGUCAUUGUCAUACUCACCGGUGGCGGCAGCCAAUGUUGUAAUGAUGCCGAAGCCUAUGCCCUUGGGGCAGCUUCUUGGUCUGCCAUUCUUGGAGGCUCUCGUGCUUCACCAAAAGGAAGUGAAACCCAAAUGUAAUUUGAUUAGGGACAAUGAUGCCCAUUUGGAAGUUGGGUCUGAGCCAGCAUUAGAAGGAAGAUGUUAAAUUGUUGAUACUGUUUAUGGAGGCUAAGCAUUAGCUUUUCAAAACUCAACGUUUUAUGUCUGUCCUUCUCCC